AUGGAAAAUUUAAAUAUUUUAAAUAAUGAACAAAAGAUUCAAUAUAAUCCAAGAGUUGAAGACAUUAUGACCAAAUGUGAUAAAGUUGUGUCAAUAAAACCAACAGAUACUUUAAAACAUUGUUUAGAAGUAAUGCUUUUGGAAGGUCAUAAACGUUUACCAGUUAUUGAACAAAAGGGUGAUAAAAUGAAAUUAUUAGGUGUUGUAACUGAUAAAGAUAUUAGAGUUUAUUCAAAAAGUUACUUUGAACAUAAUUUAAAAGAUAUUUUAGAUAGUUUAGAAUCAUAUAAAGUAUCAGAUAUUUUACCAGAUGCAACUUUUUUUAAAAAAGCUCAUGUUGGGGAAAAAAUAACUCAAGCAAGUAAAGAAAUGUUACAUUUACAUAUAAGUGGAUUACCAGUUGUUGAUGAAGAUGAACAAUUAAAAGGUAUAAUUACAAGAUCAGAUUUAUUGGAUCAAUUAAUUAGAAUUUUAGAACCAUUUGAUCAAUUAUCAAAAAAAGAAAAAACUGAUUAA